UGUACCGGAAAACCUGGACUUGUUCAAGCUAGCGGAUCACUGGUCUGAGCUGAUGUUGUUAUCUUACCUGUCAUCAUUCAGACAUAGCUGAAACUAAAGUUUUUGUCACUCUUUAUCCUCUUCUUUAAUCAGGCUCUAAUGUUAUGGAUGAACCAUGAAGGCCCAGUUGCAAGUUACUGUGCUUUCAGCUAAGCUGAAGGAAAACAAAAAGACCUGGUUUGGUCCAAGUCCAUAUGUUGAAAUAGCAGUGGAUGGCCAGUCAAAGAGGACUGAGAAAUGCAACAACACACACAGCCCUAAAUGGAAGCAGGCUCUCACAGUAAUUGUGACGCCGUUCAGCAAACUGAUAUUUCGUGUUUGGAGCCAUCAGACACUCAAGUCAGACAUUCUAUUGGGUCUAGCUACAUUGGAAAUCAGCAAGACCCUUAAGGCCAAUGACAUGAAAUUAUGUGAGGUCGUGCAGACACUGCAGCUGUGCUCUGACAGAGACCCCCAGGAUCUUGUAGGUGACUUGUCAGUCUGUCUGGAUGGCAUGCAGGUAGACCCAGAAACCUUUGGCUUGGCAGAGAGAGAACAAGCUGCUCUUCCAAAUGGAAAUACGCGGCAAAAUGGAGAUACUGGUGACAGGUCAAGCGGAGGCUCAUCACCUUCAAGUGACUCGGAUGAAUGGGUCAUUGUACCAAAUGUGCAUGCUGUCAAUGGUACAAGUUCUCCCUCACGGUCUCCAGGGGGCUCCACUGCAUCACUUCCUUCUGGACCUACUCGACCGCCCCCUACUAUGCGACAGAAACCAGCAGCUUCACCAUCCUCUUCUAGCAGUUCUUCUCCUAGUGAACUCAGCGAAGGCCCAGCUUCCGAUGGUUCCUCUCAGGCAUCAGCUAGUGGGUGUUCAGAUCAGCAGAAUGAAUCAAAUGCAAGGGCGGCAACAUCAAGUUCCUCACAGACAGCAAGUGUUCCUAAACAAGGGGCCAGUGCCUCAGCAACAAUUCCCAGGGUGGCUCCCAUAAACAAUGGUCCCUUGCCCCCAGGGUGGGAGCAAAGAGUUGACCAGAAUGGACGGGUAUACUAUGUGGAUCACAUUGAGAAAAGAACAACCUGGGAUAGGCCUGAGCCUUUGCCUUCAGGAUGGGAGCGCAGAGUGGAUCCAAUGGGUAGAGUUUAUUAUGUUGACCACAUAACCCGAACUACUACAUGGCAAAGACCCACACAGGAGUCAGUGCGUAACUACGAGGAAUGGCAGCACCAGCGUAGCCAGCUUCAGGGAGCCAUGCAGCAAUUUAACCAGAGAUUCAUAUAUGGGCUGCAAGACCAGUUUGCAGCCACAGCCAGUAAAGAGUUUGACCCACUAGGACCUCUGCCUCAAGGAUGGGAAAAGAGAACUGACACCAAUGGUAGAGUGUAUUUUGUCCAUCACCCAACUCGCAGGACACAGUGGGAAGACCCAAGGACCCAAGGGCUGCUGAAUGACAAGCCUCUGCCUGAGGGUUGGGAGAUGAGGUUCACUGUGGAUGGUAUUCCCUACUUUGUAGAUCACAAUAGGCGAACAACAACCUACAUUGACCCUCGCACAGGGAAAUCCUCACUGUAAGUUUUGGUAUCUUGUGCUAACACGAGGGGGAUCAGAUUCAUUUAAUGGAGACAGAC